CGGCCAGACGCGGAUGGCACACGGAUACACUCACCCCGUGCCCUUCCGUUAUGACAACAAGCGUGCGUUUGCGGGCAAAUACCUUGCAUUCAUUGUCAUCCCGUUCUGCGUUCCGUUCAUUGCUGCUGGAUACCAGCUGUACAAAUCGGGGGCAUCAUCUACUGCAUGAAGGGAUUGUUGCGUAUUGUGAGGGGACGCUACGACAAAGACAUAGGGUCUAACACCCGGAAUGUAUCAUCAGCUGUAUCAUGGAUCUGACUCGAUUGGCGCACUUCUACUACUAUCAUUAUAC